CUCCACCGAGCAGUGAUGGCAAUGAAGAAUCUGAUAUCGAAGAAGCUUCCUCAGAAACCCUAGCCGAAACUGAUGUGACAGUUUUUGUUGAUGAGGAAUUUGACAAAUCAAUGAAGCAGGACAGCGAUGAUGAUGGAGUUCAGGAAAUCAUCCUAACAACCUUGGAGGACAUUGGGUUCAUGGAGGAGAAUAUCGUUUUUGAUGAAGUCCGCCCGUUCAAGCGGAGAACUUACUCUGUUGCAAAGAAGAAAAUUCUCAUCCGCAUUGUCAUCGACAUUGCAAUUGUUAAGGUCGAAGGCAGAGAGUCAAUACGCAACGCCAUCAUCAACAGACUGAAGCGGUUGACGCAGUCCAGGGGCAAGGUUGUGGUGGCCUUCUCCAGGAACUACAAGAGUAUUGAAGUGUUCCUGCUGGUUCCCGGACGCUGUGCAAUUGCUCUUCACUACACGGCAAUUGUGUUCCCUGGCAUUCUGGCGGGCCUGGGUGUCCUCGAGUGGAAUCUGGUCGGCAGUCUGGACUUCUUCGACUUGCGUGUCCGUCCGGAGGUGCCUUCGCUUGACAAUACAGGGAUACAGCCUGUCCGUCGGCUGUUCUCUGAAUUGUUUUCGAAAGGGCUUACUGAUACGGAGCUUCCGAAUUUAGAUCUUGCUCAACCCCUGCUCAAGUCCUUGGUAGAGAAACACGAGCAUGACAAUGAAUUCAUCGACUUUCUGGGAAAGUUCAUCUUGAACGAAUUGCUCUCCAGUGUUGAUAUAGAGCAACCGGAACCCGUCAAGGUCACAGCAGUCAGAGCAGACCCACCUGUACCCAUGCCAACUAAGGAAGAAACAACAGCAGCAGCUGCAUCAGCAGGAUUGGCAGUGGAUCCAUCCAGCCCGACUGCAACAAGUCCAUUGCCACUUGGACAGCAAUUAGCACCACUGUCUCCACCAAUGAAAAGCAGAACUGCAGGAGCAAGAAGAGGGCCUGGAGGAGGAGAAGCAGCAGGACCAGCAGCACCAGUAGCAGCAGCAGCACUUCAUACUUAUUCAGAAAUGCCCAGCUCAAACAUGGCCAGACUGGGUGCACUCACGCAAAGAAAGAAGAAGGAACUUGCAGCAUCUCAAGACAGGCCGGAAUUUUUGACAACGCCGGAACGAGGUAAAGACACUCCGUUGCACCAUGCCGCCAAGCAAGGCAAUAUCGACAUUUGCAAAUCCCUGCUCGAAGCUGGUGCCGACAAGGACAUUCAGAAUAGUAGUGGCAACACACCAUUGCACUAUGCUGUCUGGUAUGGAAGAGCCGAUGUUUUCCAUACCUUGCUCGAAGCUGGUGCCAAGAUAGACAUCCAGAAUAGUGCUGGUGACACUCCAUUGCACUGUGCCACCAAGCAAUGCAAUAUCGACAUUUGCAAAACCCUGCUCGGUGCCGGUGCCGAGAAGGACAUCCAGAAUAUGGAUGGUGACACUCCGUUGCACUGUGCCGUCAAGCAAUGCCAUAUCCCAAUUUGCGAAACCCUGCUCGAUGUCGGUGCCGAGAAGGACAUCCAGAAUUGGGAUGGUGACACUCCGUUGCACUGUGCCGUCGAACAAUGCAAUAUCCAUAUUUGCAAAGCCCUGCUCGAAGCUGGUGCCGACAAGGACAUCCAGAAUAGUGGUAAAGACACUCCGUUGCACAAAGCCGUCAAGCAAGGCAAUAUCUACAUUUUCAAAUCCCUGCUCGAAGCUGGUGCCGACAAGGACAUCCAGAAUAGUAGUGGCAACACACCAUUGCUCUAUGCUGUCAUGAACGGAAGAAACAAUUUUUUCCAUACCUUGUUCGAAGCUGGUGACAAGGACAUCCAGAAUAGUGCUGGUGACACUCCAUUGCACUGUGCCACCAAGCAAUGCAAUGUCGACAUUUGCAAAACCCUGCUCGGUGCCGGUGCCGAGAAGGACAUCCAGAAUAUGGAUGGUGACACUCCGUUGCACUGUGCCGUCAAGCAAUGCCAUAUCGCAAUUUGCGAAACCCUGCUCGAUGUCGGUGCCGAGAAGGACAUCCAGAAUUGGGAUGGUGACACUCCGUUGCACUAUGCCGUCGAACAAUGCAAUAUCCAUAUUUGCAAAGCCCUGCUCGAUGUCGGUGCCGAGAAAGACAUCCGGAAUAGUGCUGGUGACGCUCCGUUGCACUGUGCCGUCAAGCAAUGCAAUAUCGCAAUUUGCGAAAACCUGCUCGAUGUCGGUGCCGAGAAGGACAUCCAGAAUAUGGCUGGUGACACUCCAUUGCACUAUGCCGUCAAGCAAUGCAAUAUCCCAAUUUGCGAAACCCUGCUCGAUGCCGGUGCCGAGAAGGACAUCAAGAAUUGGGAUGGCGACACUCCGUUGCACAAGGCAGUCAUGAGAGGUUCACUCGAUGUGUGUCAAGCGCUGCUCGCUGCAGGGGCGGACUGCAACAUCAGGAAUGAGGAUGGCGAGACUCCAUUGGACAAGGCGCGAAACAACGGCCACCGUUCAGUUGAAGAGCUAUUGAAGAAGGUCACUUCAGAAUCUGCUGAAUCACCUGGGAGGGAUCAGAUUAAGGCUGAAAUAGAAUGAGUGUCGUUGUGAUAACAUCAUUUACGAGGGUCGUUGUGAUAACAUCAUUUACGAGUGCGUUGUUACGAUACAGUGUUUGUAGUGCGUUGUGCGUGUUUGUCGGAUAAUAAUAUCAAUAACAAUACGCCGAUAUAAUAAUAGUUGCAUAGAUAGUACUUACGUUGUUGCUUGCAUUAUCGCUCUCCACAGCAACUCCACUGCGUGCGGCGUUCUAUAUAUUCAUGUUCUGUACACUGACUCUCUCUGACAGGGUUUUGUGUCACCCUGUCGCUGGGCGCAAGCACCCUCUGACAGACCAAACCGAUUCGCUUCAUCUUUGCAAUAUUUAUCUCCUUUUGAUUUGAAUUUCUGUUUGUUCUGCACUCUGACUUUUCCUUGUUGCACCUGCGCUUUUGGACGCGGAACUUUGCUGUCGCCAUUAUGAUUAUAUCCAUGGUUACGUUGUACGUUGACUCAUCGAUGCAUCAUGCAUGAUUAAGUGAUCAUCUGCUUUUCUACUCUUCGAUCUUCAUGCAUGCACGCACUGAUGUACACGUAAGCCACUGCACGCACUGAUGUACACGUAAGCGAAUGCACGCACGCGGGCACGUUUUGCUGAUGACAGCGAUUUGGCGAUCGUUGUUCUUGGUUCUUUUCUUGUUGUUAUCUUCUUGUAAAUAUCUUAAAACUUUGUUUCUCCUA